GGCUCGGCAGCAGGUGCCUCGCCGCGCAGACUCGCCGGCCGCGGGGACCGGCUCAGGCGCGGGGCCGGCUGGGGCGGGGCGGGGCGGCGGCGCGCGUUCCCCGCCGGCCACACCGGCCGCCCUGCACUCGGCGAGGGGCGUGUGCGCGGGCCUGGCACCGCGGGCCCCAUGUUCACGGAGCUGAGGUCCAAGCUGAGCCCCCCGCGAGGCCGCGCCGGGGCAGUGCGCGCGGGCUUUGGGGAGCGCCGGGAUGUGGACGCCACUGCCCACUUCAGCUUCUGCCGGACCCUCCUAGAGCACACGGUGUCAGCUGAGAGCAUCCCCUGCCACCUGCCUCGGACGCAGGUCACCAGCCUCACGUGGCAUGACUCCCGCAGCCAGAGGGCAGCUGGCAGCAGGCCAAUCAAGCUCCUGCAGCAGCCGGGCACGGAGACUGCCCAGGGCCGGCUGUACUCUGACCACUACGGCCUGUACCACACAAGCCCCUCGCUGGGUGGCCUGACGCGGCCUGUGGUCCUGUGGAGUCAGCAGGAUGUCUGCAAGUGGCUCAAGAAGCACUGUCCACACAACUACCUCGUCUACGUGGAGGCCUUCUCCCAGCAUGCCAUCACCGGCCGGGUGCUGCUGCGGCUGAAUGCGGAGAAGCUGCAGAGGAUGGGGCUGGCACAGGAGGCCCAGAGGCAGGAGGUAUUGCAGCAGGUGCUCCGCUUGCAGGUGCGCGAGGAGGGGCGGAGUCUGCAGCUGCUCAGCCAAGCUUCCUUCGGAAACAUGUCCUAGCUGCUGUCCAGGCUUGAACCCCAGACCCCAGCACUGUGACCAGAGCCCACAGCCAAGGAUGAGGCAGAGCUGGCUGUGCAGCCCCUCGUGGACCCUGCCGGAUGCCCUGGUGGCCAAGCCUGGCUCAACGGACAGGCGAGACCAGGAUCACCACCUCCCAGCACCUCUGGUUGGGCAUUCCAGGCUGUGCCCUGGGGCUGGGUGGGCAGGGGGCUGCUUGAAUGUGGCUGCUGCCCCUGGGACCUGAGCCCAAGCCUGCCCCCAGUGCGCCGGCAGCAUGCAGGGCAGCCACUUGGAGCCAGAGCUGGUGUGGACGUGCCCCGGACUCCCAGGGGCUCUGUUUAUUUACAUCCCCGACCCACAACAUCUGUCCCCCACCACCUGCUGAGCCACUCACUCGUCUGCCCACCCCUCAUCCAGUCAGCUCUGAGCCCUCCCUUGGCACUGCCAGCUGGCACAGGUGGGAUAAACUGCCGUGGCUCCCUUUGCUUGUGCCCUUCCCUUCCUCCGCCAGGGCCCAGCAGGCCCAGCCCCCCUUGAGAAUAAUGGUCAUCAAUUCCCGCCCAACCAGGCACCAUGCCGAGCACUUCACUCACUCAUUAUUUAUGAAUCCUCACCACAGCCCCGUCUAGUCAUGAGAACUGAGGCCGAGAGAGGUCUGAUGGCCCCAGCUCCAGGGACAAAUGUGGCACAACGAGGACAGUAGCCCUGUCCAGGUGGCUCCACGCCCAGUGUCCACCAGGCUCAGCAGUGCUCCCGAUCCCAUGUUUGGGGAAAUCUUGCUUUUGCACCUCUUCCCUACUUCCACCUCCAAGGCACAGUUGUGCACAGGCAUGCCCAUGGUGGCUUUCCAGGAAGACCUGGAGUCCCAGGAGAGGCUGUCCUGAGGGCUGCUCCCCCAUGUCCACCCAACAGAUGCCUGAGCAACCCCUCCCUGGGUGGUUUGGGGCUGGUGCUGCCUGGCAGAAGGACAGUGGGGUGGCCACUGCUCCCUCUUGCUCCUCUGCCCUCUCCAACUCCCCUUGGGGACUCUGAAAAUCUCAGGGACAGAUGAGGCUGAGCUCCCAGUCCCCUCUAUGUGCUUUGAGCUGGCCUCGGGACUCGAGGCUGGUCAUUGUAGGUCCCGAGUGGAAUUUGGACAACUGGCCUGCCCUGGCCCUCCCACCCCUGAGCCCCCUGCGGGGAGCACCCUGCCCACCUGUGCCAUCAGCCUUCUUCCAGACGGCCCUCCCUGGCUCUGCCCCUUUUCUCCCUCCCCCGUCUUGCCCCGCCCUUCGUGAUCCUGUCUCGUCUUCCUUGUUUUGCGCUCACUUUUUUAUACUCUGAGAAAAAAUCAGAAAUAAACCCAGUUCUCAAGUG